AUUCACAAAAGUUCCCAAAGCUCAAGCGGCUCGCUCCGCAUUAAUACGCGCUUCAAUCUCAUAAAAUUUAUAAUCCAUGGAUCAGUCGCUACAUACUUACCUGCCAUAAAAUCAAAAUCCGAUUCUCAGCAUGCGUAAAUAUUGGUAUAAAUAUGGGUGCAAUAAGUUCGUGAAAAUCAUAUGAAUUAUUUUGUUCAAGUAGAAAAGCAGAAAUUAGUGGUAAAAAUGUGGUGGCAACUUCAGCCCUUAUUACUUUUGGGAGUCGUGUCCUUCUGUGCGACGGAAGAUUUAGCCCUGGAUUCCGUUGCCCAAGGGGGAUCUAUAAAGGCCCAGAAUUAUUUGGGGGCAUGGGAAGGAAAAAGUUCGCAAGGAAUGGUUCUCGCUGAUUUCGGUUCAACUUCAGAGGUGGCAGCCGUAGCAGGAAUAUUGGAUAACUUUUGGUACUGGACGGCAGGAAAACUAAUUCCCACCUUCAAAUGGGAAACUACACAGGGUGCAGUUAACGUUCCCGUAAUUGAGGAUGACUCGCUUUGUGUUCUCAUUAAUAGCGCUGGGUUCCUGCAUGACGCCCCAUGUUCGGGACUCGCUUAUACUUUGUGUCACACGUGAUUAAGUACUUUCAAGCAAGGAAUAAAUCAUCCUGGAGGAAAGUUUCGAUCAACAUUACCUAUUCUUGCAGUUGUUUAUUGUUUCAAUUAAAAUACAAAAUAUAAUUUUGUUGUUGAAUGUAAUGACCAAUUGUAAAAUUACUCGAAUAAAAGACUAAUUUGUCAAUGAAUGAGCAGUCUAAGCGAA